UUUGUGUUGCUUUGUUUUGUUUAUGCCGAGUGGUUUUUCGGCGAAAUGCAGUUUUGGUUAAAAGAAGAAAUGGCCCCUCAGGAGUUCACCCGGCGACUGACCAGAGUGAUCGCUUGUGUCGAUGAAAUUAUGCAGCAGGAAGUCAGGCCCUUGUUGGCAGUGGAUAUAAUUGAACAACUUCACAGACAAUUUGCCAUUCUUUCAGGAGGCCGAGGGAAAGAUGGUGCCCCCAUCAUCACUUUUCCAGAGUUUGUGGGGUUCAAACACAUCCCAGAUGAGGACUUUCUGAAUGUCAUGACCUACCUCACUAGCGUCCCCAGUGUGGAGGCUGCCAGCAUCGGAUUCGUCAUUGUUAUCGACAGACGAAGGGACAAGUGGAGCUCCGUAAAAGCAUCCUUGACACGAAUAGCUGUAGCAUUUCCAGGAAACUUGCAGCUCAUAUUCAUUCUUCGUCCAUCUUGCUUUAUCCAGAGGACAUUCACUGACAUUGGCAUUAAGUACUAUCGAGAUGAAUUUAAAAUGAAAGUGCCGAUCGUUAUGUUAAACUCCGUUUCUGACCUUCAUAACUACAUCGACAAAAGCCAACUGACAGAGGAUUUAGGGGGAACUUUGGAAUAUCGCCACAGUCAGUGGAUAAAUCAUCGAACUGCCAUUGAAAACUUUGCUCUGGCAUUGAAGAGCACUGCUCAGAUGCUCCAGACUUUUGGGGCCUGCCUAGCCACAACAGAACUGCCCAGAAGCAUGCCAUCCUCUGAAGACCUUCUCAUGUCCCACACAAGGCAGCAGGGCAAGUUGCAGGAUGAGCUAAAAUUACUUGGAAAGCAAGGGACCACAUUGCUGUCAUGUAUUCAAGAACAAGCAACCAAAAGUCCCACCAGCAAACUCAGUCUCAAUGAAGCUGAGAAUGUAGCUACCAUGGAAGGGUUAUUAGUUCAGUUGAAUGAAACGGAAAAAGCCUUUAGUCAGUUCUGGUCUGAGCAUCACCUGAAGCUUAAUCAACGCCUACAACUACAGCACUUUGAACACAAUUUUUGUGAGGUUAAGCUUGCCCUGGACAACGUGUUGGCAGAGCAAGCAGAGUUUACAGACAUCGGAGACAGUGCGAUGCGUGUGGAGCAACUUCUUAAGGAAUACAAAAAACUGGAAGGAGAAGGCCAGGAGUCCUUGGAAAAGGCCCAGCUGCUUGCAGUAAUUGGGGACCAGCUCAUCCAAAGCCACCACUAUGCAGUGGACUCCAUCAGACCCCAGUGUGCAGAGCUCAGGCACCUCUGUGAUGACUUCAUCAAUGAAAACAAGAAAAAACAUGACAUUUUAGAAAAGUCCUUGGAGUUGCAUAGACAGUUGGACAAGGUCAGCCAGUGGUGUGAAGAAGGAAUCUACCUCUUGGCUUCCCAAGCUGUAGACAAGUGCCAGUCCCGAGAGGGGGUUGACAUUGCCUUGACUGACAUUGAGACGUUCCUGGGCACAGUGAAGGAGUACCAGUUGCCCAGCCCCAACGAGUUUUACAACCAGUAUGAGCUGAUGCUCACUCUUGAUGUAAAGGCCAAAGCCCAGAAAGUCCUGCAGAAGCUGGGUGAUGUGCAGGAAAUAUUUCACAAGAGGCAAAUGAGUCUGAUGAAACUGGCAGCCAGACAGACUCGCCCAGUGCAACCCGUGGCCCCGCGUCCUGAGUUCUCCCCAAAAUGGGUGUCACCAAAAAUCCGCCAGCCCUCCACCUUGGCUCCUCAUCAGAAAACAUCUGAGGAACAUUAUGUGGAGACGGAUUUAAACUCUGUGGAAAAGGAAGAUGAGACUAAAUUUGAAGUCAAGAAUGAAGAAAUACUUGAAAGCAGUCAUGAUGGGGAGAGCCCUGAGCCAGAGCAGCUUGACAGUUCCAAAAAUCUUUCCCCCAGCAGGCGCAUUAUACGUGACUUGCUUGAGACGGAAGAGACUUAUAUAAAAGAGAUUAAGAACAUAAUUGACGGAUAUAUCAUUCCAAUGGAUUUUAUUUGGCUGAAGCAUCUAAUUCCAGAUGUUCUUCGGAAUAACAAGGAAUUUCUCUUUGGGAAUAUUAGAGAACUUUAUGAAUUUCACAACAGGACUUUUCUAAAAGAAUUGGAAAAAUGCACUGAAAACCCUGAACUUCUGGCACAUUGCUUUCUCAAGAGAAAAGAAGAUCUUCAAAUAUAUUUUAAAUAUCAUAAGAAUCUGCCCCGAGCCAGGGCAAUCUGGCAAGAAUGUCAAGACUGCACCUACUUUGGGGUAUGCCAGCGUCAACUGGGUCACAGUCUCCCUCUUUUUAAGUAUCUGAGAGGACCAAGCCAGAGACUUGUAAAGUACCAGAUGUUGUUGAAGGGUCUGCUGGAUUGUGAGUCACCUGAGGAUUUGGAGGUGGACCCAGGUGAUCUAGAAGGAGGUUCGGCUAAGAAUGGGCCAGAGAGAACCAAGGAUUCAGCCUUCUCAGACGACCUACAACAAGCUUUGGCCAUGAUGGAGGAUUUGAUCAAGUCCUGUGAGUUGGCUGUGGACCUGGCAGCAGUCACUGGAUGUCCGGACGAUAUCAGAAAACUGGGCAAGCUGUUGAUGCAUGGCUCUUUCAACGUCUGGACAGUUCACAAGGAUCGUUAUAAGAUGAAGGAUUUAAUUCGAUUUAAGCCCAGCCAGAGGCAAAUCUAUCUAUUCGAACAGGGAAUAGUGUUCUGUAAGAUACGAAUGGAGCCCAGUGACCAGGGCCUGUCUCCUCACUACAGCUUUAAGAAGUCUAUGAAGUUAAUGACACUUUCAAUUCGCCAACUUGGAAGGGGGAGCAACAGAAAGUUUGAAAUUGCCAACCAAAAUGGACUUGAGAAAUACAUCCUACAGGCAGCUUCAAAAGAAAUCAGAGAUUGUUGGUUUUCAGAAAUAAGUAAAUUAUUGCUGGAACAACAAAACAAUAUGAAAGAUGUUUAUGAGGAUGAAGAAAAUGGCAGACAAAUAUCCCCAAAAUGUUGCUCCAGCAGGGAGUUUAUCUCCAUGGAAAACUUUGACAAUUGUGAAGGUCCAGAAGAUACGGAAAAGGAGAGCAGUGCUCUGAGUCUCUCGGGGCUUUGCCAGUUGGACGACAGUUAUGAAACCUCCAAGUCUGUUCAGGAAACGGAAGAAAGCAUCCAGGGAGAGAAAGAGGGCGGCGAAGAGGAGGACACGGCCACAAACAAAACUGAGGAGAGCCCUGGGAUGUCCGCUGGCUUGCUCGUCCCCAGUGGGGAGACCGGUUUUCGAGUAGAGGCAGUGCGGGCGCGGGAAGGGGGCCUGAGGCCGCCCUCUGCAGAGAACUGAUACUCGUUGCAGACAACCCAGCCGCCCCGGCCGCCUGCGUUCCCGGGAGCCGCUGCUGUGGAUGCGGAGGCCGGCCCGCCCUUAAGCAGAAGCAGCAAAGGGGCCCUGGAGCCUGGGGAUCCGCUGCCCUGCCCGGGGGCAACAGGACCAUCUUGCCGGAGCCUAAGGAGCGGUCCCUGUCCGCCCGCAGAGCCCACCCCUCCCGGUGCAGCCCCGCUCGCGCAGGGACUCGGCGCAGACCCCGUGGAGAACCUGCAGGUGCUGAGGCACUCCUGCGCAGGGACUUGGCGCAGAGCCCGUGGAGAACCUUGCGCCGUUAGAGGCGCGCCUGCACGAGCGCAGCCGGCUUGGUUGCGGACCCCGCGGAGAACCUCGAGCUGCUCGGUAGACGUGCCUUUUGGAGGUUAGCAUAAUCCAGUGUUGGAGAGCUGAGCGCAGGGUUUCUCAAUGUUGGCACUUUUGACUUUGCGGGCUGGAUACUUCUUUGUUGGUACUUCUUGUGCCUUGUAGGAUGUUUGGGAGCAUCUCUGGCCUCUACCCACUAGAUGCCUGUAACAUCCCCCCCCCACCCACUCACCCAAAUUACGACAAUCAAAAAUGCCUUCAGACAUUGCCAAAAUUCUCCUGGGGUGGGAGUGGGGAGCUAGGUUGAGAACCUCUGAUCAGAGCUGCUCAGACUUCGCAUGGCAGCCCUGUGUUCGCCUCCCUUAAUCCCCACAGGAAUGUUCAUGUGAUACUUGUGUUACUUUGUUCCAGGAUUGUUUCCUUUUAGCGAGGGUUGGUUACAGGUUAACUUCUGAGAUAUUUACGUUCAGACUCGUUAGUUUUUAGUUUCAGUUA